GAAAAGCAUAAGAAAAAAUGGAGGGAAAUUGCUCGAGCGAUCUGCUGAGGAAAAUCAAAGAGUUUGCUCUGUCGAUGUUGGAGGACUUGAGCGAAGGACGAUCCCCGUUGAUUUUCAUCCAGCGGUUCAGAACCUACUGCACCAAUCUUGAUUCAAAUUGCUCUUGCAGCUCCAAUAAGCCUAAUGGACAUGAAAUUCUUACAUUUAAAAAGGAAAGCCAUGUGCGUAGAAUUGAUGCGUUGUUGAGGGUGUUGCUGAUAGUGCAGCAACUUCUUCAACAAAACAAACAUGGGUCAAAGAGAGAUAUUUAUUACAUGCAUCCAUCAGUAUUUACAGAUCAGUCGGUUGUAGAUAGAGCAAUUAAUGACAUAUGCAUCCUUCUGCAAUGCAGUCGACACAAUCUAAAUGUGGUUUCUGUUGGAAGUGGGUUGGUGAUGGGAUGGUUAAGAUUCUUUGAAGCAGGAAGGAAAUUCGAUUGCAUAAAUAGCCCCAACACUGCCCACACAAUUCCUGUGCUUGUUGAGGAUGCUAAAGAUCUUGUUAGUGUUGCCCAGUACAUACUGGUUGUAGAGAAAGAAUCAGUGUUCCAGCGUUUAGCAAAUGACCAGUUUUGUAACAAAAACCGUUGCAUUGUCAUCACAGGAAGAGGCUAUCCAGAUGUUCCCACGAGAAGGUUUUUGCGACUCCUCGUUGACAAGUUAUGUCUGCCUGUUUAUUGCUUGGUAGAUUGUGAUCCAUAUGGCUUCGACAUCCUGGCCACUUACCGGUUUGGUUCAAUGCAAAUGGCCUAUGAUGCCAAAUUGCUACGAGUCCCAGAGAUCCAAUGGAUUGGAGCUUUUCCUUCAGACUCUGAGAACUAUGAUCUUCCUCGGCAAUGUCUGCUGCCUUUGACAACAGAAGAUAAGAGGAAAACUGAAGCCAUGUUAAAUAGAUGCUACCUUCACCAAGAAGUGCCUGAUUGGAGGUCCGAACUAGAGCUGAUGCUGCAAAGAGGAGUGAAAUUCGAGAUCGAAGCAUUAUCAGUUCACUCACUUUCCUUCUUGUCAGAGUCUUGUGUUCUGAAAGUGAAUAUCAAUUGUGAGACAUGCAAGAAGAAGGUGAUGGAUGUGUUGCAAAAUCUCCAUGGGGUAUACUCUGUUGUUAUUGAUGCAGAACAAGGGACAGUAAAAGUUUCAGGAAAAGUGAAUCCGUAUAUAAUCUUUAAGGUAUUUGAAAAAUAUGGGAAGCAUGGAGAGGUUUCUUGUGUUAAGUUUGAAGGGGAAGUGAGGGAGCCAAUCUACUACCAUUAUUAUGGACGAAAUGGGUACAUUCCUCAUAUAUCACCUCACACAUAUCCACUUAUGGGAGGGCCAGACAAUUAUUCAUGGUAUGAUAGACACUAUUACGCUCCACCACCGCCACCACUACCACCACCACCACCACCACCAUACCUACCUCCUCCUCCACCACCGCCACGACAGCCACCACCACUGCAACCAGUAAUUAACUAUUUUCCACCUAAAGCACCACCAGUGGUUGCACCCCCUAAGGAGAUGGAUCAUCAAUGGUGCAAAAUAAUGUAAAAGGUGUUAUUACUAAGCUUGGUUUCUUAAUUUGCUUAUGGAUAUUAUAUAUAGUAUACAACAAUGAUGCAAUUUGGAUUUGGUCUUUGAAUAGAAAUCUCUGCUUGUUUUACUGUUUCCUUGAGCUUGCUAAAUGUCAUGGGACAGGUUUGAGUACUCUA